AUGAUCAGUGAUCAUUUAGUUCUCUCUGACUUCAUCAGUCAGUGUGGUGGAGGAUAUCAUGUUUUUAACAACAGAGACAAGGAUCCCUCUCAGGUCAGAGAGCUGCUGCAGAAGAUCAACACAAUGAUUGAAAAGAAUGGAGGAAGCUGCUACACUGAUGACAUGUUUGAAAAGGCAGAAGCAACCAUAAAAAAGGAGAUGGAACGACUUCAGAAAGAAAAUGUGAUGACAGACAAAGAAGCGAGAGCCAAAGCAGAAAGAAGAAACGGGUUUAUUCAGGAGAGUAAGGUCCCUGUUAUUGUUGGAGCUGCUGCUGGUGCUGGUGCUGGUGUCGGUGUUGGAAUUGGUAUUGAAGUUGCUGUUGGAGCUGCUAUUGGAGUCAUAGGGGGUCCAGUGGGAGCUGCAGUGGGAGCUGGAGUGGGAAUUGGAGUGGGUCUUGCAGUGGAAGCUUUAGAGUGGUCGGCCAGUCUUGUGUGUACUGUUCACUGGAUUGAAUAUGGACAGGUUCAGGGUUAUGGUUUCCCUGUGUCUCAGCUUUUCGACAUGCUGCUGGAGAUGAGGGAGCAGUACGGAGAAAUCCUGCUCAAGAGAUGGAACGUCACCUUCAGGCAGGUGUUAGACCAAGACAACUACAGUCCAAUUCCAGUCUCAACAGAGGAAGAGUACACACACUACACUUCCCAGUUUCCCUUGCAAGACCCCGAACUGGAAAAGCUUCCCUUCCCAAAGAAGCUUCCCUUCUCCGAGUUUGUGCCAAAAGUCUACUGCCAGCUGAAAGAGUUCAUCUAUGCUUGUCUGAAAUACUCUGAGGACCUGCAUCUCAGCUCCACAGAGGUAGACGAUAUGAUCCGCAAGUCGACAAAUCUGCUGUUGACCAGAACCCUUAGCCACUGUCUGCAGUACGCCAUUAAGAAGAAGAAUGUCGGAUUGGCAGAGUUGGUGCAGGUGAUCAUUAACACCACUCACCUGGAGCAGAGCUGCCACUUCUUGGAGGAGUUCAUAUCAAACAUAACCAAUGUUCCUCCUGACACAGUAAAUGCUACCAAGCUGUACGGGACCUCCACGUUUAAGGAUGCUCGUCAUGCUGCAGAGGCAGAGAUCUACACCAGCCUAAACGCAAAGAUCGAUCAGUUCCUGCAGCUGGCCGAUUACGACUGGAUGGCCGCGGUGCCAGGAAGCGAGAACCUGGCUGCCAGCGACUACCUGAUUGACCUGAUUGCUUUUCUGAAGAGCACCUUCAGUGUCUUCACCAACCUGCCUGGUAAAGUCGCACAGACGGCGUGCAUGUCGGCCUGUAAGCACAUCUCCACCUCCCUCAUGCAGCUCCUGCUUGACCCGGAGGUUCGACAGAUCUCCAUGGGCGCUCUGCACCAGCUCAACACCGACGUGAACGAGUGUGAGAGUUUUGCCAGAGCCGGCCCAGUCGCAGGCUUCCAGGGUGACACGUUGCUUCUGGCCUUCAGUGACUUGAGACAAUUACUGGAUCUGUUCACUCAGUGGGAUUGGUCAACCUACCUGGCUGACUACGGCAAGCCUACCUGCAAAUACCUGAGAGUCAACCCACACACUGCACUGGCCCUGCUGGAGAAGAUGAGGGAGACGAGCAGGAAGAACAAUGUCUUCGCCCAGUUCAGGAAGACUGAUAGAGACAGGCAAAAGCUCAUCGACACCGUCAUCAAACAGCUACGCAACCUCAUCGCGCAGCACCACACCUAAAGUGAGCCACAUGAUUGGCCAGCAACUGUCAUCUGUUUAACCCCACGAGGCUGAUCUAUGCACCUUAAAUUAAAUGGACUGCACCAAACUUUCAACAAAACUGGGAGUCUAAAACUGGAAGAAGCUCACUGGACGACAAGCUUGUAACAUGCACUCUGAUUGGUUCAUUAAGCCACAAGAGUGUCCAGAGCAUCCACUAGUUAAUCCUAUUGGUUAAUUCUUGGCUGAAAACAAACAUGUAAGAAACCCUCCAGAGUAGUGUGUUAGCUGGAAGUUCAUUCUUUUAAAAAUGAUAUCCUGAAAGUUAAAGUAAAUUUAAAUCCAACUACCUGGAUCAUGAUGUCGACUUGUCCUACCAACUUUUAAAGACAAGACUGGUACCAUCUUAAUUUCUCUCUAGUAUUGAAAAAGACCAAAACCAACAACAAACACCAUUUGCUAAUCUAUUGGACCCACUUGAUAUAAAUGGCAGCACCCUGUCGAGCCUCUUUUUUUUUUUUUUUUAAUUCAACAAUAUUUCCCAUAGAUUUCUACAGAUCAUCUUCUCAGUAGUUAAAACAAGUGUGAAGAGUUCUUGAUUUAACAAAGAGGUAGACUAAUGCUUUGUUGGUUUUGGUCUUUUAAUGGGAUUUGUCGGCUACUGUGUGAUAAUUUUGGCAUUAAGCUCAACGUUUUUGGGACUUGCGUUGUAGCCCUUGGAUAUCCAGACUGUUCCAUGCCCCAGUCACUGUUUGCAGUCCAACAAUGAAAGCUAAAUUGUCUUCACACAGUAGCCAUAGGUUUUGAGAUCGCACCCAAUGAGCCAAGCCCAGCUCAUGUGUUCGGUAGAAACCGAAACCAGGAACGUUUGAGCCAUCUGCCACUUAUCUUGGUCCGGGUUGCAUGCACUGCAAUCUAAGCUGAGAAACAUGAUCUGUAAAGCGUGUCCUGGGUCUGUCCCAGGAUCUCCUCCCAGUUGAACAUGCAUGAAACACAGCAUCCAGUAGACGUCCUAUUAGAUACCAAAACCGCAUUGACUGGCACCUUUCGUUGUGGAGUAUAGUUGAAUGACUGAGCUCACCCUAUAGCUAAGUGAGAGUCCAGACAGUCUUUGGAGGAAGCUCAUUUCUGCUUGUAUCCCCAAUUUUCCUUUUGGACAGUUGUCCUUCGUGGCCACAGGUGAGGUUAGAAAUGUAGACUGAACAGUAAAUCAACAACUUUGCUUUCACAAUUUCUGAAAAGUUGGUACCAAAAUCUCCCAACACAUUAUACAUAUUCACAAGGUUUUAUUCCUGGCUCACUUUGGACAUAAUAAUAAUACAAUGAAAGAAACCCCAAUUAACAGAGAACUGCUUUAAAAAAAUAUAUUUUCCUUUUUUCUGCUUUAAGCCUUUUGGGAGUGCAAGAAAAAAUGAAUUUCAGAUGCAGAUGAUUCAGAUGCUUAGAGAAAUAUACAGCAUCACCAGCUUCCUCCUCUAACCGGACGUGAUGUUCUUGGAAGGUUUCUGACUAUGGUCUCUUUUUGAGAACAAGAAACAAUAAAAUAGAUUAUUUCUCUUGCAACAUUUAAUCAUACAGCUUAAAGAAAAACAGUUUAACAGUAACAUUACAAAUAAAUCUGCACAUGCUGUCAUUCACUGCUCUCAGAUCACACUCUUCUUCAUCUUUGAAGCUUGAAAAUAAGCUUCCAGUUGCUGGAUGCUAUCAGGCGCUCUUAUCGACCUGUUUGUGGGUCUGCCUGGUGGGAAGUUUUGUGUGGGAGUUGUGUGUAAGAAUCUUUGAAGGAAUUAGUAUUUUUGUGCCAUACACGUCCCAUUUUCCCCUCCAGUCCUCAGACUGAGCUGGCCGGUUUAGCCGCCUGUCCUCGUCCGGCCUUUAACGUCUUCCGCAUCACUUUCCGUCACUGUGGCGCGAUAGCAGAACGCGUUGAAUGUACACCAUCGAAAGUCGCCUUCCAUGGCUGAAUGGCCGUGUUUUUUGGGGUUUUUUUGUUUUUGUUUUGGGUUUUUUUGUUUGUUUCUUUAUUUCUUUUUGGGGUUGUGAAAAAGCCAGAAAAACACUGAAAAUAAAACCGAGACAUUAGUGAAAACUAACAGAAUGUUACUGCAGUAUCCUUUUAUCAUCAUUUAAAAAAAAAAGGGGGG